UCCGUGUCUUAUGUUCUGGCUUUAACAGCGAGGAAGGCGGUCUAAUUCAUGGAUGAAGCGCCUGAGUCACAGAGCGGCUUGCUUUGGGUCUCACAGCUAGAAACGGGUGGAACUACAGACUAAGACGUAGGCCGGUGUGACACCGCAUCUCCUGCUUUUUAUACACAGUUAUUUUCUGAAUCUAAAACCGUUCGGCUAGCCAGCUCCACCCGCAUAGCAAUAGUAGGUGAUUGCCAGUUGGCUGUGGUUUGAGGGUCCGCUUUGAAUUUCUUACCGAAUUGCUGGUGCCUGGAAUGUCAGCCUUAGAAAUUACGCCUUUCGGUUAUGAACUGCUCUUUUGCUACAGUGUAAAUGUCCAGGAAGACGCACCACAUUUUAUUGGUGUGGCUAACUAGCACCGUAGUGUGAAUCCAUGUCCUCGGAGAUCUGAGGGCUCCUGAUGACAAUAGGCAAGAUUUCACAGAGAUGAUGAGAGCCCUGGGAUACCCACGACAUAUUUCUAUGGAAAAUUUUCGCACACCCAAUUUUGGACUUGUAUCUGAGGUGCUUCUCUGGCUUGUGAAAAGGUAUGAACCUCAGAUUGACAUUCCUCCUGAUGUUGAGACUGAACAAGACCGGGUUUUCUUCAUUAAGGCAAUUGCCCAGUUCAUGGCCACCAAGGCACACAUAAAACUCAACACUAAGAAGCUUUAUCAAGCAGAUGGGUAUGCCGUGAAAGAACUGUUGAAAAUCACAUCUGUCCUUUAUAAUGCUAUGAAGACCAAAGGGAUGGAGGGCUUUAAAAUAGGAGAGGAAGAUAUCAGCAAAUUCAAGUUCGAUCUUGGCUCAAAGACUGCAGACUUGAAAGCAGCCAGGCAGCUUGCAUCUGAAAUCACCUCCAAGGGAGCAUCUCUGUUUGACUUGCUGGGCAAGGAGGUAGAGUUGAGGGAAAUGAGAACAGAAGCUAUUGCCAGACCUCUGGAAAUAAACGAGACUGAAAAAGUGAUGAGAAUUGCAAUAAGAGAGGUUUUGGCACAGGUUCAGAAGACUAAAGACCUGCUCAAUAACGUGGCCUCUGAUGAAGCUAAUUUAGAAGCCAAAAUUGAAAAGAGAAAAUUAGAACUUGAAAGAAAUCAGAAACGACUACAGACUCUGCAGAGUGUCAGGCCAGCUUUUAUGGAUGAGUACGAGAAGGUUGAGGAAGAAUUGCAGAAGCAGUAUGACAUUUAUCUAGAGAAAUUUCGAAAUUUGGCAUACCUGGAACAGCAACUCGAGGGUCAUCAUAGGAUGGAACAAGAGAAGUUUGAGGAAGCUGAAAAUACCCUCCGUUUGAUGCAGAACAAGCUAAAGGAGGAAGAAAAGCGGCUACUCAAGAGUGGAAGUAAUGAUGACUCGGACAUAGACAUCCAGGAGGACGAUGAAUUCGACAGUGAAUUGGAAGAGAGACAACUGUCCAAGAUGCAGACGGCCAUGGAGGUGCUCAUGCAAGGAAGACCCAGCAAACGCGUCGUGGGCACGAUGCAAGGUGGAGACUCCGAUGAUGAUAUGGAAGCAGCACCAGCAAUCUUAGGUAAACGCAAGACUUCCAGCUCCAAGAAGCAGGACGACUCAGAGGACAGUGAAAUUGACAUGGAAGAUGAUGAAGAAGAUGAUGAUGAUUUGGAAGACGAGAGCAUUGCUCUCUCGCCAGCAAAGCCCAUUCGAAGGGUCCAGAAACCUGAACCUCUGGAUGAGAGUGACAAUGACUUCUGACUUUCUUGCCAAGGCACCCAGGCAGAUUAAAACCCCCAAACUUGUAGGUAAAUGGGUAAUUAUAAGGUUAGGAAGGUAACAUAUUUUGUUCACUUAGUCAGCUGGACUCAUUGUAACUGAAGCAAUCAUUAUUUCUGCUUUAGCUGCCUGUGUUUAUAUUCCACGAAGCUUAAACAACUGAAGCAAGCCCCU